UUGUUGCUGGAUGAUGUAUUUCCGCUUCCUCUCGGUCCGGUCGUAUUUGGUUGGACGGGGUUGCUGCGGGGAGGGAGGGGGAAGAUUGUUUGCGGUGGAGGAGCUCCGCAGACGGAAAGGUAAACUGAGCUCCCGCAGCCUCUGUUUGGGUCCAGCCUUUUCUCUCCAGCUGCCACCACAGCCUGGAGGCAUCUGCCUCCACUCUCCCGAAUGGUGCUCCUCCUCGCAGGCCUCGGCCCAGGAUCCAAACCCCCUUUGCCCCCUACCUCGGAGCUGUUGCUCCAGAUCUCUCCUGGUGGACUCCCUGGGACGGGGAGGGAAGAACUUUUGCACAUUCAAGGCUACAGUUCUAGGAACCUCAGUGACGACUUGAAUAUCGCCCUCUAACCGGUAUUCAAGUGUGAGGUUCUUCCUGCGCCCCUUUUCCACCCUUUGAGAAGAGAAUCUCUUCUUCCUGCCACCCAGAGCCCAGGAAGCCGUAAGCUGGGGCUCUGGUUCCAGCAUGUUGGUCCUCUCGUGUGCAUAGGGCUGUGCCCUCUCCCUGUCAGCAUGGCUGAACUCAGGCAGGUUCCAGGGGGACGAGAAACCCCGCAGGGGGAGCUUCGACCUGAGGUUGUAGAGGAUGAAGUCCCGAGGAGCCCAGUCGCAGAGGAGCCCAGAGGAGAUGGAAGUAACAGCACUGAGGCCAAAUCGUCCCCAAGAGAGGAGGAAGAACUGGAUCCUAGAAUACAGGAGGAGCUGGAACAUCUGAACCAGGCCAGCGAGGAGAUCAAUCAGGUGGAGCUGCAGCUGGAUGAGGCCAGGACCACCUAUCGGAGGAUCCUACAGGAGUCGGCGAGGAAGCUGAAUACACAGGGCUCCCACUUGGGGAGCUGCAUUGAGAAGGCCCGGCCCUACUAUGAGGCUCGACGGCUGGCUAAGGAGGCGCAGCAGGAGACUCAGAAGGCAGCACUGCGAUAUGAGCGGGCCGUGAGCAUGCACAAUGCUGCCCGGGAGAUGGUGUUUGUGGCUGAGCAGGGCGUCAUGGCUGACAAGAACCGCCUGGACCCCACAUGGCAGGAGAUGCUCAACCACGCCACGUGCAAGGUGAACGAGGCAGAGGAAGAGCGGCUUCGUGGCGAGCGGGAACACCAGCGAGUGACGCGGCUGUGCCAGCAGGCUGAGGCUCGGGUCCAGGCCCUGCAGAAGACCCUCCGGCGGGCCAUUGGCAAGAGCCGCCCCUACUUUGAGCUCAAGGCCCAAUUCAGCCAAAUCCUUGAGGAACACAAGGCCAAGGUGACAGAGCUGGAGCAGCAGGUGGCUCAGGCCAAGACACGCUACUCAGUCGCCCUGCGCAACCUGGAGCAGAUCAGCGAACAGAUUCAUGCACGGCGCCGGGGCCUGCCACCUCAUACCCCGGGCCAGCGGCGCUCUUCCCCUGUAGGGGCUGAGGCUGGGCCUGAUGGCGGCGAGGAUGGGGACAGUGGGAUCAUUGAGGGGGCUGAGGGUGGGGGGCUGGAGGAGGGCAGUAGCCUGGGGCCUGGCGCGGCCCCUGACACGGACACACUGAGCCUGCUGAGCCUGCGCACUGUGGCCUCGGAUCUGCAGAAGUGUGACUCUGUGGAGCACCUGCGCGGCCUCUCGGACCACGCCAGUCUGGACGGCCAGGAGCUGGGUCCCCAGAGCGGGGGGCGCUGGGCCAGUGACAGUGGAGGCCGUGGGGGCCGCCAUCAGCGCAGCAUUAGCCUGUAGUCCUGUGCUUGGGGUGGCUGGUUCAUCUGUUAUGGAUCUGGGUCCCCAGAGUUGGGGGCACUGGGGCAGUGACAGUGGGGGCCGUGAGGGCCACCACCAGCGCAACUUUAGCCUGUAGCCCCAUGUUUGGGGUGGCUGGUUCAUCUGUUACUACCACUGGCCUGCCCAAGGCCAGGGAGGCUCUGAGCUCCCUCUCCUCGGGUCCUUGAUUCCCUCGUUGGCUAUGUCUGAGACAUACUGCCUCUCAUGGCUUUUUCACCGUUGUCCUCUCCCACCUUGCAGGUGACAGCUGUCUGCCUUACUCCUUCAGAAGGCUUGUCUCUGGCUCUCACGUCUCACCUUCCCUUGCCAGCUUCUCACAGUCUGAUAGCCUUUGCGGUCCUUUCUGGUUCUCUCCUUCCAUUUGUCUGGCAUUUCCCCUCAGGGAACUUGGUCUAGAAGGCACAGGGGGGCCCAUCAAAGAAGGUGGAUGCUGGACUGAGUCCUGGCUUCUUGGUCCCUCAGCUUGAGUGAAUGGACAGGUGCCUCUCCUACCUCCCCAUCUCCCAAGGGGGCCCUAGGGGUACUGUAGAGCCCUCCUGGCAACCCUGUGCCCCAGUUCUCUGUCCUUGCCUGCCUGUGUAUAACCAGGAAGAUGCAGUGUGGGACUCUCUGCCUCCAGGAAGACACUGCCCGUCCCUUCAGUGCUGCUUCCUCAUGACCUAAGCCACUUUGUUACGUGUGCCCCAGAGCAGGACUUAAAGGGUACCAGUAUCAGGGAAGGUGAAGCCCAACUCCAGGAUCAACAGACGGGGGACACUACCAACUUCAAACAGACUCCCAUUUGCAUGGCGUUUUCCCAACUGGGCUUAGCCCUUAACAUUGCCAAGGUGCUAGUGGGUCUCUAACAGGGUCCAUGUUGGGGAAUGGAGAUGUAAUGAAGUCCUGAUGGCUGAAGCCCUUGCCAUUCCUGCUGCAGAGUUAGGUUCACUCAUUGUGGGUAGAGGUUGCUGAGACGAAUUUCAGCACUCUCCUGCAGAGUGGAGUUAGGGAAUUUGGUGCUCAACUGCUCUCCCUCGCCCUUCCCCAAACCACACAGUACCUACUCCAGGAUCCCUUGGGGAAUGCUCAAGGUUGGCUGCUGAGCCUCCCCUGAUGUCAGCUGGGGUUGGCCUGGGGUGAAGGGACCUGCUCUCCCAGGCUGUGUGGUGGGGAAAGGUGGGGAAGCCACACCGAAUCUGGGUGCUUCAGGAGAACCAGUCCUUCCUCUUAUCUCACCCCAGGAAGGCUGAGAGCUGGACACUGGGCGGGAGAGCUCAUGUUCUCCCUGUGUCCUGCUAUGUUCAACUCGGGGAGGAAUGGGCCUUGGCAUGGAGAGAGUCUCCCUGUCCUAGGGUUGAGGUAGGGUGGUCACAAUGAGAACCUCUGGGUUUGAGGUGGCCGUGGAUGGAGGGAAGAAAAGGAGGGAGGACAUGGGUGUGCGUGCGUGCAUGUGCCGAUGUGUAUGUGUGGGAAAAGGGUCUGCCCCUGAAUUUAUUUAAAUAAAAUAGUUUAUGUAAUA